UGUCAUGACCGUAUGAGAAAAGAAUAACUGGUUGUGGUAUAGGAUCGUACGAAUCGAAUCGACCAAAUCUAAUUGUCAACAUCGCUUCGAGCCGCAGCAACUGCAUAGGCAGUCGAGCGAUAAGGCAUCGUCCUCAGUGCACGACGUGGCAACGCAGCGAGGGAAUGUCAGACGUUGUCAGGCCAGGCUAGGGGAAACAUCGCGAUCGAGGCCACACCAGUGCCGCCACCGCCGGCGAUCUCGCGCACUAACGCCACUACAGUACGCCAGUUCGUGAACAGCCAUGGCCUCCGCGAAAGACACGGCGACGUUCUUCACGCACGGCACUCACACGCAGUACGAACAGGUCCUCAAGCUCUACCCCACGGCCCUCAAGCUCAAGGCGGAACGCAGGGCCAAGAAGCCCGAGGAGCUCGUUAAAUUGGACAAUUGGUACCAAAAUGAACUACCAAAAAAAAUCAAGAGCAGGGGCAAGGACGCCCACAUGAUCCACGAAGAGCUGGUGCAAACGAUGAAGUGGAAACAGACCCGGGGCAAAUACUACCCUCAACUCUCCUACCUAGUUAAAGUGAACACACCAAGAGCCGUAAUGGCUGAGACCAAAAAAGCAUUCAGGAAACUUCCAAAUCUCGAACAAGCCAUCACCGCCUUAUCAAACUUAAAAGGUGUGGGAACAACGAUGGCUUCAGCACUCCUGGCAGCAGCGUGUCCCGAGAGCGCCCCCUUCAUGGCCGACGAGUGUCUGCUGGCGAUUCCAGACAUCGAAGGCAUCGACUACACCACGAAGGAGUACCUGAAGUUCGUCAGUCACAUCCAGGCCGUGGCAGAGAGGUUGAACAAAGCGGCGAAAGAAAGUAAUAGGCCAGACGCGGUGUUUUGGUCGCCGCAUAAAGUCGAGUUGGCGCUGUGGACGCAUUACGUUGUGUCGGAUCUUCAACCGGACUUGCUCUCUAGUAUUCUUUUAGAAAACGGCAAUUCGAUACCCCCGGCAAUCGUGCACCAGAACGGCGACUCCCUCGACACGACCACGUCGGAGGAGAGCAACCAAGGCCUGGCGAACGGCAAGUCGAGCAGGAACACCCUCCUCGACGAGGACACCAACACCUCGUUCGCCGACAACAGCAGCCCCGCGUCGAUCGAGGCCGAAGAGACGAACGACUCGGUCGUCUCGGACUCCACCAACGACUCGAUGGCCCCCGAAUACAAACGAGCCCUGGACGAAGAGGACUCCAACUCGAUGGAGGCGCCCAGCAAAAAGCUCAGAGAGGACGUCGGAGACAAGUGACAAAUACGGGCGUACCAUUAAGUUCAUUAUUUUUUUAACUAAAUUAAAUGAUGUAAUCGUGUAAGGUUUAGAUUAACUGUACACACAACUGUUUGCAUAAUUUGUCGUGGUUAAGUUGUUCGGUGGGUUUUUUGAGUGUUCUGUGUGUUACUUCUCCUCUAAUAUCCUCCCGAGUGGCACUCAAAAGGACCCAUUUUGUAAGCCCAUUAAACAAAAAUUCACAAAGAUAGGAAUAGUUGAGUGUGAUUCAAGAGUCCUUUAGGAGUUUGACGCUUUGUUGGCGGCGGCGAAUGAGGAAGGGUCGGGUUCGGGAGGUCGGGCGUGUUCGGCGCCCCCUUGCUCGUUCGUCGGACAACGAAGUUACCACUGAGUAAAUUUCACCCGGAGUAUGAACAUUUUUUCAUUGUAAUAUUUGUUUUAUAUAAUUGUUCCGUUGUUUUUUUAUAUGUACAUGUAAGUAGUCACAUUAUUUUGAUACCGCUCUUAAUCAACUUUCUUAUUAUAUAUGUAAGAAUAGACUAAGUAAUUUAUUUUCAUUGUUUUUCGUUUUUAAAUUUAGGCAUUCAUUUAGCGUAAUUGACGACAUUCCACUUUUUCAUUUGAUUUUUAUAUAUAUUAUUGUGAAAGAAGAUUAUAGGAAGUUUUACAUUUGAAGGUGUGUUGUUACGCAUUGUAAAUACGACAUUAUUUUUACUUUGAUUUGGGUUCGGCGGUUUGACAGGACUUCAAAUGUGAAUUUUCUCGUCGGUGUUAUAAAAUCGUCUCACGGGAGUACAAAAACGACGAAAAGAAACCGAAUCAAGGCUACGAUUUUGUAAUUUCGAGUAUAGAUGCUCCAUUUUAAUAUAAAAUAUUUAUAAUGAUAUAUAGAUACAACAAAUAACUGAAUGCCUUUUAUGAAUAAUACUGUAGAAUGUAUACAUAACACUUUUACAAAAAACAAAUAGUUAGUGAAUUUAUUUAAAAUUAUAUAUAUAGUAAUGUGUUAUUAUAUAUUUUUUUUAAUAUUCUAGAUUAUGAAUGUCUUACCGACUUUUUCAUAUUUUUAUUCGCCCUACUCACUCUGCUUCUUGUAAUCAUAGGAAACAGAGAUAUUCAUAAUCUAAAGGAUGUAAUGUAAAAAUAUCAGUUGUAGAAAAUGAGUUUGAGGUUUUUUGUAGGAUAUUUUCAUAAAUAUAAAUCUUUCACGGCAA